AUGACGGCAUCUUCUGUCUUCCAUUUCCCCAUCCACGGGGCCUCAAAUGACCGCCUCAAGCUCGUCGCCUUCAACCCAGAGCAGCAUUGCGAGACAUUCUUCCGUCUAUCCUCCCCACAUCCAGAGCUAUACGCGCAUAUGCCCAUGUUGGCUCCAAGCUCAGCAGCCGAGCUCAAAGCCCGCUUCUACGACAAAUCACCAGGCAACAUUCUUUCAUUCUCUAAUCCUGAGUCAUUUGCCUUCGCCAUUAUCGACAAGACACGCCCUGCAUCUGCCGAGGAUCCAGAAGGUGAAUUGGCUGGUACGGUGAGCUUGAUCCGGACCUCGCCCACAGAUCUGUGCGCAGAGAUCGGCUUUAUUGUAAUCCUACCGCCUUACCAACGUACCCAUGUGGCAACGAACGCGGUUGGACUUGCUUUACAACUUGCUUUAGAUUCUGCGGAGCAGGGUGGGCUUGGAUUGUGCAGAGUUCAUUGGUCGGCGAACUCGAUGAAUCUUGCUAGUGUUAAGCUUGCUGAGAGGAUGGGAUUCAAGCUGAUUGGAAUGAUUCCUUGGCAUAUGCGAUUUGUGAAAGGGAAGGUCAAUGGGAAAAUUGGGAAUGGAAAGGGCCUCCCGCCUGGAAGCGAUCCUGAAGAUCUGUGGAGGGAUACAUUGAGCUUCAGUCUGGGAUGGGACAUGUGGAGAGACGGUGUCAGAGAAAAGAUUGAGAAGGCAAUGGCUCGAUGA